GUAGCAGCAAAAGCUCAUGGAGACUUGUUUGACUCUCUGACCUCUAUGUUCUUGCAACACUCUUUUCUCUAUAUGUGAACUUCCUUCUCUGUAGGCUAAGUUCGGAUAAGAUUUUGCAGAUUGCUUAUAAAAACUGUUACGUUUGUGUGGGACCAAGGCACUCAAUACCCUGGUUCAAAAAUCCUGUGGUGUCUGUUACAUUGGGGUGGUGAGGAAAUGAUUCCCUUUUGGUCCUGUGUCUUAUAGGUCUUUGACCGGCACUGCCUGAUCCCCCUCAUCUGGGCCCGUGUUGCUAGGCAGACUCCUCAUGUUGGAGAACAGAAAACGACGACUGCUGCUUUGUUGCGUAAACUGACCACAGCCUCCAGUGGAGGGGGCCUUGAGGACUUAUCCUGUUUUGAACCCAAAAAGUAUGUGCAGGAACCAGAGUACAGGACAAAUCUUACUCACUGCCUCCUUGAGAAGCAGAGGACUCCUGUGGAUCAAGGGUCCUUGGAGCGAGAGAAGGUCAUCAGUUCCCUCCUGGACAUGGGUUUCAGUGAUGUCCAUAUUAAUGAAUUGCUCAGUAUACAACCAGGUACCCACCCUCAACAGUUGUUGGACAUUAUUUCAGAAUUAAUACUCUUGGGUUUGAAUCCAGAGCCUGUGUAUGUGGCCUUGAAGAAAAGUCCUCAAUUAUUGAAAGUGCCUGUAAUGCACAUGAAGAAGCGCUCCAGUUACCUGCGAAAGCUUGGGCUUGAAGAAGGGAAACUAAAGAGGGUACUUCACUGUUGCCCUGAAAUUUUCAUCAUGCGUCAGCGGGACAUUGACAGCGUUGUCAGGGUUCUCAAGGAGAAGUGCCUUUUCACAGUGCAGCAGGUAACGGAGAUUUUACACAGAUGCCCCUAUGUUCUUCGGGAGGAUCCCGGUGCACUGGAGUACAAAUUCCAGUAUGCCUAUUUUAGGAUGGGGGUUAAACAUCUGGACGUGGUGAGGACCGACUUCCUGCAGUACCCCAUAACCAAGACUAAGCAGAGACACACGUUCCUCGAGCGCCUAGGACGGUACCAGACCCCUGAUAAGAAGGGGCAGACGCAGGUCCCCAACCCUUUACUCAAGGACAUUCUCAGAGUUUCAGAAGCUGAGUUUCUGGCCAGGACAGCCUGUUCUUCUGCUGAGGAGUUUGAAGUUUUUAAGAAGCUCUUGGCUCGGGAGGAGGAAGAGGAGUCUGAGAGCCGCAUGCCUGAUGGAGAGAGUGCAAGUGUGGACAAGGAGGAGGAGGAGGAUGAAGAGGAGGAGGAGGAGGAUGAACUGUGAUGGGAGGACUGGAGUGAAAAGAGCCCAGAGAUAUCAGAGUAUUUUGAUUUUC